AUGGUCUUUCUGGAUUUUAGUCACAAAUGUGAAGGUUUCCUACUUUAUAACACAGCAAUUGAGAACUUCAUUGAUCAUGGCCUUGCCAGAUUGGUGACCGUAUACUGUGAACAUGGUCAUAAAGCUGCCAAAAUCAACCCCCUCUUCACUGGACAAGCCUUGCCGGAGAAUGUGCCUGAAGUCCAAGCUCUUGUGCAGACCCUACAGGGGCCUUUUAAUACCACAGGAUUGUUGAACAUGGGGAAGGAGGAGGCCUCUCUUGAGGAAAUAUUAGCCUAUCUCAACCAAAUCUACUGUGGGCAAAUUUCUAUUGAAACCUCCCAACUUGAGAGCCAGGAGGAGAAAGACUGGUUUGCCAAACGGUUUGAGGAACUGAAGAAAGAGACCUUUACCCCAGAAGAGCGAAAACAUCUGUCAAAACUAAUGCUAGAAUCUCAGGAGUUUGACCACUUUUUGGCCACCAAGUUUGCUACAGUGAAGCGGUAUGGAGGCGAAGGAGCUGAAAGCAUGAUGGGCUUUUUCCAUGAGUUGCUGAAAAUGGCAGCCUACAGUGGGAUAACUGAUGUUAUUAUUGGCAUGCCCCAUAGAGGGAGGCUUAAUUUAUUGACAGGCCUUCUGCAAUUCCCUCCGGAGCUGAUGUUCCGUAAAAUGCGAGGCUUAAGUGAAUUUCCAGAAGAUGUUUCAGCCACUGGUGAUGUCCUAUCUCACUUGACCUCCUCGGUUGACCUGGACUUCGGCGCGCACCAUCCCCUCCAUGUGACGAUGCUGCCAAACCCCUCACACCUGGAAGCUGUCAACCCCGUGGCUGUCGGGAAGACUCGGGGAAGGCAGCAGUCUAGACAGGAUGGGGACUACUCUCCAGACAGUUCGGCUCAGCCUGGGGACAAAGUCAUUUGCUUACAGGUCCACGGUGAUGCUUCUUUCUGUGGUCAGGGGAUUGUUCCCGAAACAUUUACGCUGUCUAAUCUCCCACAUUUCAGAAUUGGUGGGAGUGUCCAUCUGAUUGUCAAUAACCAGCUGGGUUACACCACUCCUGCAGAAAGAGGAAGGUCUUCCUUAUACUGCAGUGAUAUCGGGAAGCUUGUGGGCUGUGCCAUCAUCCAUGUCAAUGGAGACAGCCCAGAAGAAGUGGUUCGGGCCACACAACUGGCUUUUGAAUACCAGCGCCAGUUCCGGAAGGAUGUGAUUGUUGACUUGUUAUGCUACAGGCAGUGGGGCCACAAUGAGCUGGAUGAGCCCUUCUUCACAAAUCCAGUCAUGUACAAAAUCAUCAGAGCCCGGAAGAGCAUCCCAGACACCUAUGCAGAGCACCUUAUUGCCAACGGACUCAUGACCGAGGAAGAGGUGUCGGAUAUCAAAACCUCCUACUAUGCAAAGUUAAAUGACCAUUUAACUAACAUGGCCCACUAUAGUCCCUCGGCCACCAACCUGCAGGCUCACUGGCAGGGCCUGGUCCAGCCGGAGGCUUCCAUUACAACCUGGAACACUGGUGUGCCCCUAGACCUCCUGCGAUUUAUUGGUGGGAAGUCCGUGGAAGUGCCGGAGGGACUCCACAUGCACAGUCACCUUCUGAAGAUGUAUGUUCAGUCCAGACUGGAGAAAGUGAUGGAUGGAACAAAAUUAGACUGGGCUACGGCAGAAGCUCUUGCCUUGGGCUCAUUACUUGCUCAGGGUUUUAAUGUCCGUCUGAGUGGGCAAGAUGUCGGCCGUGGAACUUUUAGUCAGAGGCACGCCAUGGUUGUUUGCCAGAACACCGAUGACACCUAUAUCCCUCUGAACCAUAUGGACCCAAAUCAGAAAGGGUUUCUAGAGAUCAGCAACAGCCCGCUGUCAGAAGAGGCUGUCCUGGGAUUUGAAUAUGGGAUGAGCAUCGAAAGCCCCAGGUUACUGCCCAUCUGGGAGGCUCAGUUUGGCGAUUUCUUCAAUGGUGCUCAGAUCAUCUUUGACACGUUCAUCUCUGGAGGGGAGGCCAAGUGGCUCCUUCAGAGCGGCAUUGUUAUCCUGCUUCCCCAUGGGUAUGACGGGGCUGGACCCGACCACUCCUCUUGUCGCAUAGAGCGUUUCUUGCAGAUGUGUGACAGUGUAGAAGAGGGGGUGGAUGGAGACACAGUGAACAUGUUCGUGGUACACCCAACUACUCCUGCACAGUAUUUCCACUUGCUCAGGAGACAGAUGGUCCGGAAUUUCCGAAAACCCCUCAUUGUUGCUUCUCCGAAGAUGUUACUCAGGUUCCCUGCAGCCGUAUCAAGUCUUCACGAAAUGGCACCAGGAACAACAUUCAAGCCGGUCAUUGGUGAUUCAUCUGUGGAUCCCAAAAAUGUUAAAAGUCUAGUGUUCUGCUGUGGCAAACAUUUCUAUGCCCUACUGAAGCAAAGAGAAUCCUUGGAGGCCAAGAAGGGUGACUUUGCCAUCAUCCGAUUAGAAGAACUCUGUCCUUUCCCAGUGGAUUCGUUACAGCAAGAGAUGAGCAAAUACAAACAUGUUAAAGAUUUUAUUUGGAGUCAGGAGGAGCCUCAGAACAUGGGUCCAUGGUGCUUUGUUUCUCCCAGGUUUGAAAAGCAACUGGCCUGCAAGCUCCGUCUUGUGAGCCGACCCCCUUUGCCAGCACCCGCUGUAGGAAUUGGCGCCCUUCACCUGCAGCAGCAUGAAGAUGUCCUCACCAAGACCUUUGCUUGA